AUGGCAUAUAAAUCAUCGGCGGUGAAGAGAGCUUUUGCACUGUUAAUGCUGGCAUGCAUCGCGAUGUCCUCCAUGGCGGAAUCAAUUUCAAAAGCAUCACAUGUCGCCUAUGAAGCAUCACAGCCAGCGCUGGUUGAUGAGUUUUUGCCGUGCUUGGAAGCUCUAAAAGGUUUCGAAGAUUGCGUAGCGGAUAUUUUGAAAUUAGCGUUCGAACUUCCCCUUAGUACUUCGUGCUGUCAAGCUGUCGAUCACAUAACUCAAAGAUGCUUGCCAGUAGGGUUUCCUUUAUCUUGGGUUCCAUUGCCUGUCGCUUUGAGCAACUGCAUUACGGUCCCAACGCCUCCAGCACGCAAUUGA